GGGACAACAGCUCGCACAGGAUGGCAUAAAUCACAGGAUGCUGCUUUGACCUGUGCUCUGCUCUGCUCGAUGUUAUUACGGAGGAGUGAGAUGGAUCAGCAGGAAGGUUUACUGGGAGGCGAUGGGCUUAAUCAAAGAUUAACAGUAGAGAGGAAGGGAAUGAGAAAGAAAUUGUAGUACGGCAUGCAUGUAGCCGGCAAAUGGAGGAGCAGGUUCAGAUCUCCAUGCCGGGGAGGGAACAGAAGAAUGGGACCAAUGGGACCAAUGGGAGCAAUGGGACCACCGGCUAUGGUGAGGCUACCCUACCUGAGAAGCAGGGGAGGGGAGGGGAGGGAGUGAGUCCGUGAGUGAGCGUGUGCUGAGGUGUGGAGUUCCUUCGGAGGUCUUGGAGGGGAGCUCGGAACUCGUUUGUUUGUUUGUGAUCGGGCUCGGCUAUGGUGGUGGUGUUGGUGUGUGUGAAAUUAGUGGCUUAUUUAAAGCCUAGGAGCAACGAGGUUAUAAUUGACCUGUUUGAGACACUUCCACUCCCGCUGCGGGUGGAUUGAUUAGCUCAUCUAAGGGGGCACGCGCUGUGUCGCGCACGACACGCCUCCCGCCCGUGGCCGAGUUUAUCUCACAGGAGAAAACAUCGUAAAAGGUCAGAUUUUCGCGGUCGAUUACCUCACUCAAGCUUUUGGGCCGCGAGGGAGCAGCACAGCAGCGGGAGUACGUUUAUAACGAACUGGCAAAGGAGAGAAGCCACAAGAGUCUCUGGCAGGGGUCGAAUUUUGGCAAUGUUGGGGUUCGAACUGUCGGGACUUGACAACCCAAAGGAUGAAUCUCCCGUUGCGCAAAAAUGCGACAGCGCGGCAUUCUUAGGAGGUUUGAUGCCCAAGAAGGAGGUCGGAGCCGACAGGUUUUUGGAGCGGUUUCCUCAAUAUGAUGGAAGAGGAGUGACUAUUGCUAUUUUUGACUCUGGAGUAGAUCCUGCAGCUGCAGGGUUAGAAACUACUUCGGAUGGCAAGCCCAAAGUCGUGGAUGUUCUUGACUGCACAGGAAGUGGUGAUGUCGAUACAUCUACGGUGGUGAAGGCAGACGGUGAUGGUUACUUAAUUGGAGCCUCAGGUGCUCGACUUCAGGUGAAUAAAUCGUGGAAGAAUCCGUCAGGAGAAUGGCACGUAGGAUGCAAAUUUGCAUUUGGUCUCUUCACAGACACUCUUGUUGCAAGAAUCAAGAAAGAGCGCAAAAAGAAAUGGGCAGAGGAGCAGCGCGAGGCUUUGACAGAGGCUAUGCGGCAGGUUACGGCUUUUGACGCGAAAUAUCCGAAAGUUUCAGACACGGCACUGAAGAAGGAGCGUGAGGAUCUAGUUGCAAAAUGCGAAUUUCUUCAAAAGCUAUCUGAUAGUUACGAAGACAAGGGCCCAAUUAUUGAUGCUGUGGUGUGGCAUGAUGGUGAAGUCUGGCGAGCUGCUUUGGAUACUCAAGAUAUGGAAGGUGACAGUGGACUUGGGAAACUGAUUGACUUCAUUCCCAUGACCAAUUACAGACUUGAACGCAAAUAUGGGAUUUUCAGUCGCAUGGAUGCUUGUAGUUUUGUAACCAAUAUUUAUGACGAGGGAAACAUUUUGAGCAUAGUCACAGACAGUUCUCCCCACGGCACUCACGUGGCAGGAAUUACUGCCGCUUACCAUUCCAAGGAUCCUCUGCUGAAUGGAGUGGCCCCGGGUGCGCAACUUGUGUCCUGUAAAAUUGGUGACUCGCGACUUGGCUCUAUGGAAACUGGCACGGGGUUAACUCGUGGUCUUAUAGCCGUGAUUGAGAACAAGUGUGAUCUUAUCAACAUGAGCUAUGGAGAGCCAACAAUGAUGCCCGACUACGGCCGAUUUAUCGAGCUUGCAACUGAGGUUGUUAAUAAGUACGGGGUGAUAUUUAUCAGUAGUGCUGGAAAUAAUGGGCCAUCUCUUAGCACCGUGACUGCUCCUGGAGGCACCUCAUCCAGCAUCUUAGGUGUCGGUGCUUAUGUUUCUCCUUCAAUGGCAGCUGCUGCACACUCCGUUGUUGAACCUCCUUCACAUGGCCUUCAAUACACCUGGUCAAGCAGAGGGCCAACACCUGAUGGAGACUUAGGCGUUUGCUUGAGUGCCCCUGGAGGUGCCGUUGCUCCAGUGCCCAAAUGGACUCUUCAAAAGCGCAUGUUAAUGAACGGAACGUCCAUGGCGUCCCCUUGUGCUUGUGGCAGCGUUGCUUUAGUAUUAAGCUCCAUGAAGGCUGAAGGGCAAGCAAUUAGUCCCCAUGUAGUGCGGAAGGCUUUGGAAAACACGGCGCUCAAAGUGAGCGAAUGUCCUGAUGAGCCGUUGACAACUGGGCGUGGGCUUUUGCAAGUUGAUAAGGCAUAUGAUUACUUACAAAAAUGCAAGACUUUACCAUCUGUGCUGUACAAAGUCCAGUUGAAUCGAUUUGGCACUUCAGGGGCCACUUUGCGCGGAGUCUACUUGAGAGAUAUUCAGGAUUUGCAGCAGGCCAGCGAGUGGUCUGUGUCAGUGAAACCUCAAUUCCACGAAGAUGCCGAUAAUCUAGAGCUGAUCGUACCGUUUGAAGAACGGUUGCAAAUUGAGAGCACGAGUCCUACUUGGCUCAAGUGCCCAGAUUACCUACUGUUGACCAAUAAUGGUCGCACCUUCAAUAUAGUGGUAGAUCCUACGCAGCUCGAAGAAGGCGUCCAUUAUGGAGAAAUUUUGGGAACCGAUGUAGAAGCCCCAUGGCGCGGACCGUCAUUCCGCGUUCCUGUUACAGUAGUUAAGCCGAUUCAGUUGUCAGCUGGUCAUCCAUCAGUGACAUUUUCUGAUCUAUCAUUUACUCCCGGAUUCACAGACAGAAGAUUUAUUGUUGUUCCAGAAGGUGCAACAUGGGCAGAGAUCUCCAUACGAUGCCACGGAUUUGAUACCCCACGACGGUUUUUGGUUAGUGCUGUUCAGCUGAUGCCGAAGAAGAGACCAAGCGUCUGGGAGACGUAUGCUACUUUUACCUCGCCAUCGACGAAAGAUUUCGCCUUGCCAGUUGAGGGGGGAAUCACUAUGGAGCUUACCCUUGCUCUCUUCUGGUCAAGUGGAAGUGGUAGUCAUAUACCGGCACUGGCAGAAAUCCAGGUCGACUUUCAUGGGCUUCUAGCCAAUGAGCGGGAGCUGUGUAUCAAUGGAAGUGAAUUAGUCACAAGAGUAGAUAUAAAAGCUCCUCUAGCAACAGAGCGGCUGGCGCCUUCGGCAACUCUUACAAGUGUCAGAGUACCAUACAGACCUGUGGAGGCCAAAGUUGAACCUUUAUCUGCAGCUCGGGACAAAUUAUCAAAUGGACGGCAAAUCCAUGCUCUUACGUUAAAGUACAAGUUUACAUUGGGAGAAGCAGCCGAAGUUACCCCUCGCCUUUCGUAUCUGAAUAAUAGAAUUUAUGACUCUGAGUUUGAAUCUCAGUUCUACAUGAUCUUUGAUACCAACAAGAGAGUUCUUGCAAGUGGAGACUGCUAUCCUAAGGGCGUGAGAUUGCCCAAGGGAGACUAUGUUUUGCGCAUGCUUGUCAGGCAUGAUAACCUAAGCUAUUUGGAUAAGCUUAGGAAGAGCCCGUUGCUGCUAGAUAGAAAGUUGGAGGAAAAGAAUCAUGUAAAGCUGAGUUUCUUCUCACAUAUCGAUGGUCCUAUAACGGGAAGUGAUCAAGUCAAGGGGAAGACGCUUGCACCUGGGGAAACAUACCCCCUUUACCUUGGUUCUUCUGCUGAUGACAAGCUACCGAAGGAUUCCUUUCUGGGUUGUACGUUGAUUGGGAAAGUACGGUGGGGAAAACUUUCAAGAGGAAGCACAAAGAAUGACCUGGACGGCGAGGAUUGCCCGGCUUGUUCUCAGCUGUCAUAUGUCAUCCCACCACAAUCCAAGCCAGAAGAGAAGGGAAAAGAGAAGUCUUCAUCUGAAGUGAAGAAAUCAGUAACACAAAGCCUGGAGGAAGAGAUACGUGACGCGAAAAUCAAGGUGCUGUCAAGCCUGUCCAUUUCCACAAAAGAGGAGCGCAAAGACUGGGAUGACUUAGUAGUCGUUCUUCAGACUGAGUAUCCUAAACAUCUCCAACUGAGGGUAGACAUAUUGCAGAAGCUGGCCACUUCCCAGGAGAAGGAGGACAAAUUGAAGGUCAUUCAGGCUGCAGACGACGUCAUAUCGCUUAUCGAUACAGAUGCCCUUGCAAAAUAUUUUGGAUUAAAGAGUGAUUCUGAAGAUUCUGAUGCUGCGCAAAUGAAGAAAGAGAUGGAGACUCAGCGUGAUGCCUUGGCCGAUGCCCUUUACAAAAAGGGCUUGGCGUUAGUCGACAUCGAAGAGCAAGCUCCUGAAACUACCACAUCUACUAAGGCCGAGGAAAAACUUCCUGAAUCAACUGGAAGCGAUUUAUCACUCACGGUAGAAGGGGAGGCCCCUAAUUUGGGAACAAAAUCCACGACGGCUGACAAAGCUGGUUCAGGAGAUGAAAAAUUGGACCUAUUUGAGGAGAACUAUAAGGAACUUCGCAAGUGGGUAGAUACAGCGUCAUCGAAGUUUGCUCUACUGACGGUGAAACGAGAAGAUCGAGCGGGGCGUCAUGGAAUUGCUAUAAAGGCAUUGAACGACUUAAUUCAAGAUGAUAGCAAGCCUCCUCAAAAGAACCUGUUUGAGUUGCGAAUUCAACUCUUCGAGAAAAUUGGUUGGGCUCAUAUUGCGGCAUAUGAACGAAAAUGGUUGAGUGUAAGGUUUCCAUCUGGGUAUCCUCUUUUCUAAACUUCAGGAUUAGCUGACAGCAAGAGUCCAAGGUUAGAAACCAACAGCCGUCUGGACAACAGGUAGAAUCAGAAAGCCCCGAUUAGUUGGGGUGAAUUGCCACUCGAUUGGAUUGUGAUUUUUGUUAGGAAUCACCUCAUAAGCCCGAAGCUUUUGCGAGGAGUUUAGGUGAUUUUAUAACGACCUCUUCAUAACUCGCCAGUGAGAUCUAUUCCUGCAGCUCAUGGACUCAGUAGAAGACAGCCUGUUAUCAGGUUUUCGUGAGGGUUCAUUGUAGUCUAGUCAUUAAAUUAUACAUUAAUAACACCGCCAUCACAUAUAUGGUUGUAUUUGUUUUUCUGAAAUGUACCUGAAUGGGAAGGCAUGAGAACAGUGUCGCAUGAUUUCUGGUCAG